UUCUUUCGCGCCCUCCGAUGCGCACACACACUCUCUCUCCACCACCCUAAGAGAGAAGCUUAGAGAGAGAAGGGUCGAGACUCGAUCGAGAGAGAGCGGGAGAGGAGCACAGAAACAACAAGAGCGUUGAGGGUUUUGAGGAGCCCAAUGCAUUGAUGCAAGCACCCAUUCAUCAUCCACCUCCUCCUGCAAGAAGCAAGCAGCAGGACACAAGCAAACACCUUUGAAGGUUUCGAGGAAGAGAGAGAAACAAGACAGAGAGAGAGACGAGAGAGUUGUUCCUCCACAUCGCAUUGAAUCGGUUCCAUCUCCAUAGAGAUCAUCGCCACUAUCAGGGCAGCAAGCAAGCAGCCUUGCUUGGUGCAUUGUGCACUGCCCGAGCCCCAAACACCGCGCAGUUUUUGAUGCAGCUGCCGUUGCCAUUGCAAACGCCAAGCCCCAUGCACCGCCGCCACCUCCUCCUCUUACUCCCCCUCCUCUUCGCCGCCUCCUCUUCCUCCUCUGCUGCUGCUGCUGCAAACUCAGAGGUGGCCUUCCUGACGGCGUGGCUCAGCACCACGGCGGCGAGGCCGCCGGACUGGUCGCCGGCGGCGGCGUCCCCGUGCAAAUGGUCGCGGGUCGCUUGUGACGGCGCCGGAGGGGGUGUCACGUCCGUCACCUUCCAAUCCGUGCAUCUCGCCGUGACGGUCCCGGCGGGCCUCUGCGCCGCGCUGCCGGGGUUGGUGUCGUUUGUGGUCUCCGACGCCAACCUGACUGGCGGCGUCCCCGACGACCUGUGGCGGUGUCGCCGCCUCGCCGAGCUCGACCUCAGCGGGAACGCGCUCACGGGACCCAUCCCACCGUCGCUCGGCCACGCGACGGCGCUGGAGACCCUCGCUCUCAACUCCAACCAGCUGUCAGGUCCCAUCCCGCCGGAGCUGGCCGGGCUCGCGCCGACGCUCAAGAACCUGCUUCUGUUCGACAACCGCCUCUCCGGCGAGCUACCGCCGUCGCUCGGCGAGCUUCGGCUGCUCGAGUCGCUGCGCACCGGCGGCAACCGCGACCUGUCGGGACCGAUACCGGACUCCUUCUCCAAGCUCUCGAACCUCGUCGUGCUCGGCCUCGCCGACACCAAGAUCUCCGGCCCGCUCCCGGCGUCGCUCGGCCAGCUCCAGAGCCUGGAGACGCUGUCCGUCUACACGACGGCGCUGUCCGGCGCCAUCCCGCCGGAGCUCGGCAACUGCUCCAACCUCACCAACAUCUACCUCUACGAGAACUCGCUCUCCGGCCCGCUGCCGCCGUCGCUCGGCGCGCUGCCGCAGCUGCAGAAGCUGCUGCUUUGGCAGAACGCGCUUACCGGCCCCAUCCCGGAGUCCUUCGGCAACCUCACGUCGCUCGUGUCGCUGGACCUCUCAAUCAACGCCAUCUCCGGCGCCAUCCCGGCGUCGCUCGGGCGGCUGCCGGCGCUGCAGGACCUCAUGCUUAGCGACAACAACGUCACUGGCACCAUCCCGCCGGCGCUCGCCAACGCGACGUCGCUGGUGCAGCUCCAGCUCGACACCAAUGAGAUCUCCGGCCUCAUCCCGCCGGAGCUCGGCCGGCUCUCCGCGCUGCAGGUGUUCUUCGCGUGGCAGAACCAGCUCGAGGGCGCCAUCCCGGCGACGCUCGCAUCACUCUCCAACCUCCAGGCGCUCGACCUCUCGCACAACCACCUCACCGGCGUCAUACCGCCGGGGCUCUUCCUUCUGCGCAAUCUCACCAAGCUGCUGCUCCUGUCCAACGACCUUUCCGGGCCGCUGCCACCGGAGAUCAGCAAAGCGGCUAGCCUCGUGCGGCUGCGGCUUGGUGGCAACCGCAUCGCCGGGUCGAUACCCACAGCCGUGGCCGGCAUGAAGAGCAUCAAUUUCCUCGACCUCGGCAGCAACCGCCUCGCCGGGCCGGUGCCUGCCGAGCUCAGCAACUGCUCGCAGCUCCAGAUGCUUGACCUGAGCAACAACUCGCUGACCGGGCCAUUGCCGAAGUCGCUCGCUGGAGUGCACGGCCUGCAGGAGCUCGACGUCUCGCACAACCAGCUCACCGGCGCGGUGCCCGACGCGUUCGGGCGGCUGGAGACAUUGGGCAGGCUCGUGCUCAGCGGCAACUCGCUGUCUGGGCCGAUACCAGCGGCGCUGGGACAAUGCCGCAACCUCGAGCUCCUCGACCUGAGUGACAAUGAGCUCACCGGCCGCAUCCCCGACGAGCUCUGCGGCAUCGACGGGCUCGAUAUUGCGCUGAACUUGAGCCGGAACGGCCUCACCGGACCGAUACCAGCGAAGUUUUCGGCGCUGAGCAAGCUCUCCGUGCUCGACCUCUCGUACAACGCGCUCGACGGCAGCCUCACGCCUCUCGCCGGGUUGGACAAUCUUGUCACGCUCAACGUAUCCAACAACAAUUUCUCCGGGUACCUCCCGGACACGAAGCUCUUCCGGCAGCUGUCAACGUCGUGCCUCGCCGGCAACGCGGGGCUCUGCACGAAAGGCGGUGACGUGUGCUUCGUGAGCGUGGACGCCAACGGUCACCCAGUGAUGAACGGCGCCGAGGAGGCGCAGCGCGUUCACCGCCUCAAACUCGCCAUCGCUCUGCUGGUGACGGCGACGGUGGCGAUGGUGCUCGGCAUGAUCGGCAUACUGAGGGCGCGGCGGAUGGGCAUUGGCGGGAAGAGUGGCGGCGGUGGCGGCAGCCACUCCGAGGCCGGCGGGGAGCUGUCGUGGCCGUGGCAGUUCACGCCGUUCCAGAAGCUGAGCUUCUCAGUAGACCAGGUGGUCAGGAACCUCGUGGACGCCAACAUCAUCGGCAAGGGCUGCUCCGGCGUGGUGUACCGCGUGAGCAUGGACACCGGCGAGGUGAUCGCCGUCAAGAAGCUGUGGCCAAACACCCACACCGCGGCGGCGACGACGUGCAAGGACGACGGUACAAGCGGCCGAGUCCGCGACUCGUUCUCGGCAGAGGUGCGCACGCUGGGCUCCAUCCGGCACAAGAACAUCGUGCGGUUUCUCGGCUGCUGCUGGAACAAGAGCACCCGGCUGCUCAUGUACGAUUACAUGGCCAACGGCAGCCUCGGCGCCGUGCUCAACGAGCGCCGCGGCGGCGGUGGAGCGCAGCUGGAGUGGGACGUCCGGUACCGCAUCGUGCUCGGCGCAGCGCAGGGGCUGGCGUACCUGCACCACGACUGCGUGCCGCCGAUCGUCCACCGCGACAUCAAGGCCAACAACAUCCUCAUCGGCCUUGACUUCGAGGCCUACAUCGCCGAUUUCGGCCUUGCCAAACUCGUUGAGGACGGCGACUUUGGGCGGUCAUCCAACACUGUCGCCGGCUCUUAUGGUUACAUUGCCCCGGAGUACGGGUACAUGAUGAAGAUCACCGAGAAGAGCGACGUCUACAGCUAUGGCGUGGUGGUGCUGGAGGUCCUGACUGGCAAGCAGCCGAUCGACCCCACGAUCCCGGACGGCCUCCACGUGACCGACUGGGUGCGCCGGUGCAGGGACCGCGUGGACGUGCUCGACCCGGCCCUCCAGGGCCGGUCAAGCUCCGAGGUGGAGGAGAUGUUGCAGGUCAUGGGCGUCGCGCUGCUCUGCGUCAGCCCGACGCCCGAUGACCGGCCGACGAUGAAGGACGUCACGGCGAUGCUCAAGGAGAUCCGGCUCGAGCGCGAGGACUUCGCCAACGUGGAUGUCCUCCUCAAGGGAGGCUCAUCGCCUCCUCAUGCCCCUGCAACGAUAGCUGCCAAAACGACGGCGACAUCGUCCACGUCCAGCACGCCGCCAUACCGGCAAGGGGCCAGCAACAGCUGCAGCAGCAGCUGCAGCAGCUUCUCUGCCAUCUACUCCUCAUCCAAGGCUAAGUCACCCUUUGGCUGAACUGAACCAAGCAAAAGCUGCAAAAUGAUGCAAUGCCAAGCUCUCAGCAGAUGAACAAUGUUUCAAGAUUAUGGUCUUGGCUUCGUUUCUGCAAUUUGGAGCAAGUUUUUGAUGGUGGUGAGCUGUGUAAAUGAAAAGGGGAGAGGCUUAAGGAUAGGCUGUUUGCAUCUGUGUUUUUUUGGAGGACUUAGGAUUAGACUUAAAGACAAAGGCUUGAUGCCUUUUUGAUGAGUGUUCAGUGUAUGUUUGUUGAAUAAAGACGAAAGUUGGUUGCAUGCCCAUGCAGAUGUGCAAGAUUUGCUGGUGCUCACUGCAGUGUUUGCAAUGCUUAAUCAUCAGAGCUUCUGACGCAGGACAGAGUGCUGAUUGC